UUUAACGUUUGCCUUCUUAAUGCUUAGAUGAAUUGUCUUCGUUGCCUAAACAAUAUACAGAGGGAAAUUUCUUGUACUCCGUUUCUGUAGAAACAAAAUCUGGACUUCCAGUUCCUCAAGACAGGCAUCUGUUUCUGAAAAAUGGACAAGAAGCUGGAUAUCUACAGGAGGGAGUUAGUGGAUGUUCAGGGUGUCCCACUCUUCUGGAGCAUUGCUGAGGAGUGGUCCCAGGUGGAGACUUUUGAGAGUCGACCGGAUGACCUUCUGAUAGCCACCUACCCUAAAUCUGGAACAACCUGGGUCAGUGAAAUAUUGGAUUUGAUCUAUAACAAUGGGGAUGUGGAGAAAUGUAAGCGGGACGCAAUAUACAAACGAGUGCCGUUCAUGGAAUUGAUUAUUCCUGGAAUCGAGAAUGGUGUGGAGGACUUGAAAAACAUGAAGCCUCCUCGAUUAGUGAAAACACACCUGCCUGUUCAACUUCUCCCUUCUUCAUUUUGGAAAAAUAACUGCAAGAUGGUCUAUGUGGCACGAAAUGCUAAGGAUGUGGCUGUGUCUUACUAUUAUUUCUACCAGAUGGCAAAAUUACACCCAGAGCCUGGCACCUGGGAGGAGUUCCUGGAUAAAUUCAUGACUGGGAAGGUGGCGUUUGGUUCUUGGUAUGACCAUGUGAAGGGCUGGUGGGAGAAGAGGAAUGAUUAUCGUAUCCAUUACCUAUUCUAUGAAGACAUGAAAGAGGAUCCAAAGCAUGAAAUUCAGAAGUUGUUAAAGUUUCUAGACAAAGAACUCUCAGAAGAAACUGUGGAUAAAAUCAUCUAUCAUAGCUCUUUUGAUGUGAUGAAGCAGAAUCCAAGUACAAAUUAUAGCACUGUACCAGAUUUUGAUAUGGAUCAUUCUGUAUCUCCCUUCAUGAGAAAGGGCAUUUCAGGUGAUUGGAAAAAUCAGUUCACUGUAGCCCAAUAUGAAAGAUUUGAAGAUGAUUAUGAAAAGAAAAUGAAAAGGUCUACACUACGGUUUCGUUCGGAGAUUUAAGAAAUCCUGUUCUUCCUCCGACUCCUUUAGCAGGCACUUAAAUUACAAAAAAAAAAAAAAAAAUUCUUUGAACAUUUAAUGCCAAAAAUUCUGUAUGUUAAUAUUUCUGUAUUUACUAAUAUUCGUGCUUUGUAAUAGAAUAUUCAAAGAAUUUCAAAGGCUGCAUAUGAAAAACCAAUACUAUCUGUACAAUUUUAAUCACCUUCCACAAUGUUCUUACUAUUCUGAAAGACAAAAUAAUAAACUGAAGUUUAAAAUCGA